AUGAACCCUCUUCUUCAGAAGAACAAGAUUGACGUCAAGUCGCUAUCCCCCGAGGAGCAGCGCCUCUUCCGACUCUACGGCAAGCUCCCCUCGCGAUCCGACCACUUCGCCAAGCACCUCAAGGAGCGCAAGUACUUUGACUCUGGCGACUACGCCAUGUCCAAGGCCGGCAAGGGAGACAGCGUCGACGCCGGCGCCGUCGGCUCCGAGCACCCCGUCCCCGAGAACAUCCCCCACCUCUCCUCGCCCGUCAACACGGGCAGCAACGGCUCCGGCGGCGGCGGCAGCGCCAUCCCCAAGCACCUCGGCGGCGGCGCGCCCACCGGCACCCCCAACGCCGUGCCCCAGGGCUUCCAGGCCGGCAGCCCCGUCAAGGAGAGCAGCUUCCUGAACCGCGAGACGUCGGCCAGCGAGGCGGACGAGACGCCUGUCGAGGACAGCAAGGCUUCGGCUCCCACAGAGCCUGUCGCGGCUGGUGGUGCUGGCAUCCCGAUCCGCAGAUGA